CUUCUCCUGGAUUUAGUCUUUCGACGGACCGCGAUGAAGUUGAACGUUUUUCCGGGCACCAGGGAGCCAACUUGUUAUCGUCGUUCGUCUCUUCGACUGUUGGAUCGCCGCGUUCUGAUCCGAAGCUUACCUUUUCCCUGUCGUUGUCGUCGUCGGCCACUUUUGGAAGAUUUAGGGGAAGGGAAUCUGAAGUGGAUAAGGUCGUCGCCGCAGCUGCCGUCGUUUCAAUCGAUUUCGAUUUCGGAAGAUUUUCAAGUGCAGAUUCCGGUGGCGUAGAUUCGUUGUCGUCGCCGCGCGCGGGAAAUUUACGGAGGAUUUCAGGCGGCUGGAAUCCCCCGGAGGCGUCGCCGUUUUAUCGUCCUUGUCGUCGACGUCGGUGUUUUCGGAACCAAUGUACCUACUUCUAUAACGGACUCAUAUCCCACGGAAACCUAACCAUAUCUGCAUACACUUAGAGAGCACAGUGGCUACAAAAGUUUAUCGUCUUCUCCCCUGUCGAGGGAGCGCUGAAUCAAGUAGGAAUACCCACCUGACUGACUAAGGGAGUUUCGUCCGUCAAAUCCUUACCAUAUCCAAGUUUUGAUUCGGAGGGCCCACGUAGUCGUUGAUACAACUAAUAAAAGUGGAAACCACAUCCACUUGGUUCCUCGAGGGAAAAGCAAUUUAUGUGGCAAAUUUCGUUGCCCUCGGGUUAGUGUGUAUCUUUCGUUUUUUAAAGUGACCCACAAAAAAGUGGAGGAGGAAAAACGUGAAGCGCGACGCCAAAUUUUGCGACAAAUUCAGUCUGUCAACUUCAAGUUUGUGGGCGGAAAACCCCUUGAAAUCUGCAACCAAGGUCACUCGAAAGUGGAAAACGUUGAAGAAAAUCGUUUCGGAGAAAGAAGUUGAAACAAGAGUAGACAACACGUCACUCUCCCUGGGGGGAAAGCAUUUUUUUUUUCAAUUCGGGCACCCGGCCUGACGAAAAUAGCAAAACAAUUGGGCGAAACGUGACCGGGAAAUUUGUUCCGAUUCGGAGGUCUGCCGAGGUUAGUCCGGGUCUUCGUUUGUGUAAUUAACAUAAUUAAAUAAGCGUCUUCUUGCCCGGGCUUCAAUGAGGAGAGUGAAGUGAAUCGAAGCAAAAACUAACUGAGAAGAAGGUGUAACGAAGGUCUGGACAAGGUGCCCGAAAAAAAAAACACGGAACAACAAUCGGUGCCGCGAUUCGGUUUCGUUUUUUGAGGGUGGGUAGGAAGUGUUUUUUUUUCGCGCGCUUUUCCUUUUGGAGUACCGACAGAAGUGAUUGAUUUUCCGUUUCCAAUCGGGCUUCAUCAAUUCCGGGGCCUGGCAAUUGUGUAACGACUGUUGUUGCCACCCACUGCUGAAACAUCGAAGAAUUCUCAAACAGGCAACUUAGGCAGUGCGAACAAGACAAGUCCCAAGAAUAACAAGUCCGCAGAAAGGCUUGCAGCAAAAAGGAUUGCGUGAUUUCGGGCGGUUCAAUCGUAAAUCUCGAGUUGGGUCCCCAUCGAAAUUUUCCACGGAGUCGUUGUUUUUUGUUGGUGUUUUCCCGAGUUAACUCUCAUUUUCCUUCCUCCCCCAAGUCUGAGUGACAUUAAUGGUUCUCGUUUCGGAACGUGCUCACCCUGAAGCUCAGGGUGGAAACCGAAGAAGGAAAAAACAGGAAAAUCAAUACGUUCUGUGAUAUCGCUGAAGAAAUUUGUUCAAGCAAGUUGUUACGUGCGGUUUAACUGAGACGAAGAAGGAACAAGUAAAUCGUUUCUAAUCUUCCGCUGAUUAAAUAAUAUAGUCAAUUGUUCGACUCGAAAUCAGAGCUGUAUCGUUAUCGUUAUAUCCCUAUCAGAGAUUUAUUUACCACCAUCACCUUUAAUUCUUCAAACUAAAAGAGAAGCGAAACAGUUACAGUAAACGAAUACCUUGUGGAAUAAAACGGGAAACCCUCGAUACGCACAGACCAAAAAACAGAACAACAAUCGAGCGCGUUACUAAUUGCGGUAAAUUUAUCACUCCUCCCCUGAAAAAGAAAAAAAAAAGGCACGCAACGCAAAGCGAUACCUUGCCUCUAGUCAAGGUUAACAGAAUUACGUAGCACAUUCGAACCAAGAAAGGACAAAUCCAACAAACAAUCUCCGGAUAAAAUUAGAAGAAAAGAAGGUACAAAAAAAAACCUUUAACAGUGUGUCGCACUGGUUCCAAGUACCUAUAGUGAAACAAUUUUCCAUUAAUCCAGACUCCUCCCCGAAGGAGGAAUUCCAACAACUACGAUCGCCGAAGAGUGGGAACGACGAAAAGUGAUUCCAGUGAAAAGUGAGACGCGUUUAAGGCGUUCCGCGGCGAAAAGGAAGGGUGGCAAAGAAAAAAAAGUGUAAACGAUUUGCGUUUAGUCGAAGUUUAUACCGGUUGUUUUUUUUUUGCCCUUCAGACCUUCAACCCUUCACGCGCGAAGCGGGGUUGAAAAUAGUCUUAUUACCGCGAGACACGCCAAUCCGGAGUCAACCCACGAUUCGAAGGGUUGGGUUGGGAUUAUUGUUAUUCAUUGGCAAAGGUCCUUGCAGUGUAAGAGUGAAGAAGGGGAACGCAUUCGGUUCACACCGGAAGUGAAUUGAAAGUGAUUGAAUACCGCCCCCUUGCUGCUGACGCUCUCUGGAGCCACCACUUUAGAGUGUAAGAGGGCAUUGUUGUUGUUGUGUGGGCGUCCUGCUGCUGUGAAAACUUGUUGGAGUGGUUGUCGGUGAAAAAUUGCCACCUUUUAACCACACGCCCUAGUUGAAUCUACCCUAGAACAACAAUUUUUUUUUGUUGUUUAGCCGGUUGUGAAGUGAAGUGAAAAAGUGAACCACCACCCGUGGGGAUUCUUCACGGAUUGGUGGGAAAAAGUCCACCGUGUCACUCGAUUUGGAGCCAUCAAUUUUCCCCUUCUCCGCGGGAGGGUUGGGCGAAAAAUAUUUACACAAUUUUACCAAAAGACGCCCGUCAGAUUCCGUCAACGAACAGAAAGCCGGGAGAGCGAACGGCACAAAUCGGAUUGGGUCCGGGGGCGGAAACAGUGGAAUAAAUAAAUUUAUUCUAUUUGCUUUAUCAAUCGAUGAAUAAUUGCAGAAUAAAUUUACCCCGGCCGCCGUUGCUGUCCGAAUGUCACUCGGAAUCGGAAUCUGUGGCUCGGUGAAAAGUGUCCCCAGGACACACAAGUCAAAAAGCUGCGGAGCUACACGGCAAGCAUGAGCGAAUGAAUGAAUAUUCACAUUGCACCGAACGUGGAUUAAUCAAUUAAAGUGCAAUUUUUCAACGCUCCAUGAUAAUUAAUGUAAUUCGCGUGACUUUGCCCAAUUGUUGAUGUUGAUUCUCCGAAGCAACGGUUGGCUGCCUCCGAUUAAUUACCACCAAUAAUCCGGGGCUCCUGCGUCCAGAGUUCAGGAUCCAAAUCCUUCCCUAAAGGUAUGCAACCAGGGAGACGAGGGAGAAGGUGAAACAACAAAGUGAUUCAAUCAUACAUAUCGGUUAAGGGCCGGUUAAAAAUCUGCCAAGUGCAUAUCAAUCCAUCAAACCAGGAGAAGGCACAUAUCAGUUGGGAAAAUUUCUGCGUCUGUGUGAAUGUGAGCUUAAGGGUGGUCUCAACAUAUCCCACACUCAAAAAAAAGAAAAGGUUACCAGAAAAAGGAAAAAUCCCAAAAAUUAAAAUUUUAAACCAUCAGAAACCGGAAACAGCAAAAAAAAAAUGGCGAUGGUAGUUUCGGGUCGGGCGAAAGCCGUCAUCGGAGCGUUUGUGGUGUUCUUCCUGCUCGGGAUCGUCCUGGUGACCGGAUCGACCAAGGGAUGGUUUGUGCCGGUUUCCCGGUAUCACAACGAGCGGGUCGCGGCCCGGAUUCAGUCCAGUGGAGAUGAAGAUGAUUCGCUGUUUGAGCCCCCGAUGAUAUCGCCCCCACCACCGGAAUGGGGCCACCGAGGCAAGGGAGAGAAGGGCGAACGAGGACUGAAAGGGCCACCAGGAGAUAGCAUACGGGGGCCACCGGGGCCUCCGGGACCACAAGGACCUCCUGGGCCACCUGGGCCUCCCGGAUCAGCUGGACCUCGGGGUCCCGGCUAUUUCGACGAAGGGUCCGGCAGUGACGAUGCGAGGAGAUUAUCUCAGCUUUACGACGCAUUGCCGAACCGGAAACACGCCGGCCAGUGCAUGUGCAACGUUUCGCUCAUCAUGGAGGAACUGAAGAUGGACAGCACCCUUCGGGAGUUCCUCCGGGGUCCCGAGGGACCCCAGGGACGGGACGGCAAAACCGGCGCUCCAGGAUUAACGGGUGCUACGGGACCAGCUGGUGAACGUGGCGCUGCCGGUCCCAAAGGAGACAAAGGGGAUCGGGGCGAUGUGGGAACGCCCGGUCCGGAGGGAGUCCCCGGAAACAAGGGAGAAUCGGGCUUGGAUGGCAUGCCUGGUCCUCCUGGACUUCCGGGCCCUCCGGGACCACCGGGUAUCCCGGAAAACUAUGAUAUUAAUUGGAAUCCAUCGAGGAUGUUCAAGGAAUCGAUGCUCGGCUCACCAAUUCAGGGUCUCCGGAACACCAACCCCGGAACCAAGGGCGAUCCGGGUGAGAAGGGCGAAAUCGGACUGCCCGGACUGAAGGGCGAACAAGGAGGCAAAGGCGAACGGGGCGAUCCGGGUCUAACCGGAGCCAAAGGAGAACGGGGCCACUCAUCAAUCGGUGCACCGGGCCCUAAAGGAGCGGUCGGUCCCCCCGGAGUUCCAGGAAUCCCGGGCCAAACGGGAGCUCUGGGACCGAAAGGAGACAAGGGAAAUUCGGGCGACGUGGGUCCAGCUGGACCGCCCGGACCACCCGGCCCGGCCAUCUAUGCGGCCGGAUCUAAUUCGUCCUCUUCUCUUCAAGGAGCCGGAGGCGACUGUCAAUGCCAACCGGGACCCCCUGGGCCAGCCGGUCCUCGGGGGCCUCCCGGCUUCGAUGGAACUCCCGGACUGCCGGGUGAAACUGGUCUUCCAGGACAUCCGGGCUUGCCGGGCGAUAAAGGUGAUCCGGGUUUGAAGGGUGAUCCCGGUCCGGAGUUCAUCAUCAACCACAAUGCAGCAUUUAAUACGACACGGUCGAGUAAUCGGGGCGAGAAGGGCGACAAAGGAAUGCGUGGGCGGCGGGGCAAACCGGGACUGCAAGGACCUCCCGGACGGCCCGGGGGAGGGGGUCCUGGCGAUGCUGGAAGCGCCUGGUCGAGUCGAACCAAGGGAGAUCCGGGACCGAAAGGCGAAAGGGGCGAAAGCAUACGAGGGCCCAAGGGAGACAAAGGAGAUCGAGGAAUCGACGGUCGGGAUGGUCUGCCCGGACCCCCCGGUCUUCCGGCAGCAUCCGGCGAAGGUGUCCAAUACAUUCCGAUGCCAGGACCACCGGGACCUCCGGGUCCACCUGGGCCCCCAGGCCUCUCGAUAAUCGGCCAGAAGGGCGAACCCGGUAUGGAUUCCCGCAGCCCGUUCUAUGACGAUCCGAACUACCACCAUGCACGACCGGGAGGAAGUCGGUCAAGCUUAGACGAACUAAAAGCACUUAGGGAGCUCAAACAUCACAAGGAGAUGCAAGACAGUACGCCUGGACCACCGGGACCGCCAGGACCUCCCGGACCAUCCGGCAGCGGCCGAUCCUAUUACGAUGGUGGCGACGAAAUUCCCAACGGCUACGGAGUCAACGUGCGAAUUGUGCCGGGAGCUGUCACUUUCCAGAACACCGAGGCCAUGUCCAAGAUGUCUUCUACGAGCCCCGUCGGAACACUUGCCUACAUAAUUGACGAGGAAGCACUCCUGGUGCGAGUAAAUAAAGGCUGGCAGUACAUUGCACUCGGCACCCUGGUUCCAAUCGCAACGCCUGCACCACCCACGACCACCGUCAUUCCGCCGCCGAGGCCGGAUCUGCAGGCUUCCAAUCUGAUCAACAACAUCCCGCAGCCGGUCGAAGGUCCAUCCUUCACGGCUUCGCCAGAAUAUGAAUCGUGGUAUCCCAAACUGCUAAGGAUGGGUGCACUAAACGAGCCGUACUCGGGCGAUCUGCAAGGAAUCCGGGGCGCCGAUUUUGCCUGCUAUCGGCAGGCCAGGAGAGCAGGCCUUCUGGGAACAUUCCGGGCGUUCCUGUCAGCUAGAAUCCAAAACCUGGACGCCAUCGUGCGGCUAGCGGAUCGGGAGCUGCCGGUCGUCAACACCCGGGGUGACGUGCUGUUCAACUCCUGGAACGGCAUCUUCAACGGCCAGGGUGGCUUCUUCUCGCAAGCGCCGCGGAUAUACAGCUUUAGCGGGAAAAAUGUCCUCACCGAUCUCGCCUGGCCCCAGAAGCUGGUAUGGCACGGUUCCAGCACCCUCGGCGAGCGGGCGAUGGACACGUACUGCGACGCCUGGCACUCCGGAUCGCCGGACAAGGUGGGCCUGGCCAGCAGCUUACUCGGCAAUAAAUUACUAGAUCAGGAGCGGUAUUCCUGUGAUAAUCGGUUCGUGGUGCUCUGCAUCGAGGCACUGUCGCAGGACCGGAGGCGGAAACGGGACGUCAGUAGUUACCGCGAGUUCACCGACGAAGACGAGUACAGUGAGCACCUGCAAGAAGUAUUGCACUCUUAAAGUAGAAACCCUCAGCAGAAGUUCAGGAAGACCCGUUCUGAGCUAGAAAAGUUACCUUCCAUCGCGCCACCGUCAUAUUAUUACCAUUAAAAGAAGAAAAAAAAACACUAGAAGCAGAGAAUCCAUUCACCGAAAAUAAACGAAAAGUCAUCAUAUUCAACAACAACAAAAAGUAGAACUUCGAAAAACAGCUAAACAUUUUUUUUAACAUUAAGUAAACUAAAUCAAGGCUGCCAAAGUAGAAAAAAAAACAAGUUAAAGUUGGUGAAAACGUGAAGAGUUAAGCACACAUCGCUGAUAUGUUUUGUACACAUUGCAGAUUUUGUUUUAUUGAAUGUGUUGGACCCCUCGUACUGUAGAUGACUGGAAAACUAACCGAGAUAAUAACGCAUAUUUGAUGCGACAUGGCCUACUGCGAGGAAGGAAAACAAUGAAAAAAAUCUACAACAACAAAACAAAAACCAAACAGAGUAAAAAUAAAAUGGUUCAAUAUAAAACAAUUUGAAAAGCAAAAUCAAAUGUAUAGAUCUGUCAAAAAGGACACUUUUUUCUUAGUCAAUGCCAAUGGAAACAUCAGGCAAAAAACGAAACUGUAAACAAUAACAAAUAAUACAAAAAGAUGAAAAUAGUCAAAUUAUGAUUGUAAGAAUUUUUAAGUUUUUGAAACAUGCUUGCUGUAAGAAUGUGUCUGGCAACACUGUCAGUGUUAGAUAUAUCGAUUCGCGAAGAAACCCUAAAUUAAAACGAAGAAAAAAAACUUUAUCAAGCAUGAUUCAAAGCAAUUAAGCAAAACCAGAAAAAGAAAAACUUGUUAAGCAUUUACUCUAAACUAUUGUUUGUUUAUUUAGAAAAGUUAAAGCGAAUGAACAGUGAUUGAAUGAGGUGAUAACAAUAAUGAACGAAAACAAGAAAAAAUCUUAACGUAUAGAUCGGCAUAAAUGUAUUUAAUAUUUUGCUGAAUAUACAGCUACUUGUAAAGAUACACAUUCUCAAAUUUACUAAUCCUCUAUCUCUUCCGGAAAGAUGCAUUUGUAAACAAUUUAUUCCAAACGUUGAAAAGAAGAAAAAAAACUGUACUUAUGUUGAGAAAGUUUCUCAGCAAAUGACGAAAAAACAAACGAGUUGUGAAUACAAAAAAAAAACUAAACAAAACAGUCAAUGAAAGCAAGUAUUGAAAUUUAUUUAAAAUACUGCAAAAAAGAAACAUCUCUUUUAAGUCAUUUUAACGCAUAAAUGGACCUGCGGGAAUGUAGAAAUCCCCAGCAAGAAGAAAAAACCAACAAAUAGAAACAAGAAAGUCUAAAAGCUCUCUCCAACUCAUCAUAUCCUCUAAUAAUCCCAUCAAAACAAAACAAAAACUGUCAAGCCAAUGCAUUUUUCCAGUUCGCCGUUUUAGUUAGUGCACUAGACUUAAAGCGAAGAAUUAAGUGUCAUAUUUUAAAAAACUUGUACCGAUUAAGAAGCAGGAGAAUUAGAAGGAACUAGAUGUAAUUACAAUUACAAUAACGAACAAAAAAGAAAACCACACUUUUUGAACAAAAGAAAAACCAUACAAAGAAUAGUGUAUAGCGAAUAAGUUAUUUAAUGGAUAAAAUAAAAUAGAUUCUAGUAUUGAUCGAUUUGAUAUUUUAUUUAAAUUUUAGACACCUCACCCGCAGGUUGCAAAAUAUAAAUUAAAGAGUAUAAGCCCUUUUGACUUUUUUGUCAGCGAAAAAAAAGUUUCAACAAGGAGUCGAAUCUCAUGAGAAAUUAAUAAUUGCAAUUUAGUGUAAGGUGAAAAAUGCAAAAACUAACUGUACCAAUAAGCUCCGUUUUCUUUUUGUAAAUAAAAUUUUAAAAUCUAUUUCUUGAAA